CUUCUCGCUUUACUUAUAUCUACUUCUAUAUAUUAAUACGUAUUAUAAAGCCCAACUGUAUUUAUCAAACGCGGCCGUCAACUCUAGUAUUAUUAACAUGGCUUCUGACCACAGCAUUAUCGAUCAACCAAAAUCUACAAUGGAGCAAGGAGAAACAGCCGACGAAAUUCAAAAGUUUAAGCGGAAGGCCAAGAAGGCGAAUCGCAAUAAAACUAAAAAGAAGGGUUCUCAUCUCGAUCCCAUUCUUCAACGCGUUGAACAGAUGAAGAAGGAGUUGGGAGACUCGUAUCUGGAUAAUGCUGUACCUGGCGAUGUGACUGAUCUUGAAGCUUACAGACAAUCACAAGACCAGAAGCGUGCAGUAGCUAUGGCUGUGAUUGAUGAGCUUGAGAAGAUGUAUGAUCAACUGUGUGUGUCUGAUGUGGCUCCAAAAACAUCUCAAUACAAAACCAACACUCCUCCACCGGAAACAAACAAAUCGCCAGAGGAAGACGAGGAAGACGAAGACGAACAGACUCUGACGCUACUUCAAUUCUUCUAUCUGGUUAGGUUGGCCCAGCAAGGAUUGUUUUCUGUAUUAGCAACAACAUAUCCAAAAUUAGAGGCUAGUGCAGUGGUUUAUGUGUGUGAUACAUUGGUGGGUGGUGCACUCUAUGCAGCCAAGGAUCCUUCAGAAGCGGUCCGUGCACAGAAACAGGCUCAUGUUAUGGAAGUAGUCCGGCACCUUCGUCAAAAAUCAGAUAUUGCUGUUGGCCCUGGAUUUAAUACAACUUACCGCGAUAUUCGAUAUUCACUUGAUCAUUUGAUGGGGACGUGCUUGAGUAUGGGUGGGGGUCCUUUUCAUCCAUCGACUGCACUUGCGCCCAAUCUACAGUCACCACCUGUUUGGCUCAUUAUGCCUUAUACCGGCAUGAUCGACCCUUCUUCUUUCACUACAUCCCCUCAACCUCAAUUCCCCCCUCAGUCUCCCGGUCCUUCAUUUGAUACCGGUAGGGAUCAUGACGAUGAUAACGACGAUGAUGCCAGUGAUGUGAAAGGUUCAGUUCACACCCAACUAAGUGGUGGUGGUGGUGGUGGUGCUCAGUCAGAAAUACAAGGAGAUGACAAAUCUACAACAACAAACACAGACACAGCUACCCCAGCAACUCCAGACGCUACAGCGAAUAAUGAAGGAUCCACUCCACCUGCUAAUAGCAGUCCUUUAAUUACUCCAGUCUCUGGGACCACUGCUGACACACCCGAACCUUCUCAAGAUCCUGGUAAAGAUGUAUCUUCUGCGAACGAAAAGAAACAAACGGGUUGGGAAGAAGGAGGUUGGCAAACAAAAUCUGGACCUCAUCAGUUUAAUGGUGGUGAGGAUAAUGCGCAGAAUAGAGGCCGUGGCCGUGGCCGUGGCCGUGGUCGUGGGCGCCCCUCCCGUGGUGUUCACAACAGAGGAAGAGGAUACUUUGGAAGAGGAGAUUAUGGUCGAGCCCAUGAUGACAAUGGAGACCAAGGACACAGGACAAAAUGGGAAAACAAUAGGCCUUUGCGUGAAGAGAACUAAACCUCUUUAUUCUUUAUGAUUUGGACUUGUUUCUAAUCAUAGAGAAAAAAAAAGAGAAAGGAAAGAAAGUUGGCUUGCAUCUUACAAGAAUAUACAUAGAUUGUGCUAAAAUCGAAAACAUACUACACACCCACCCGCCCACACAUUCACACAUCCAACUUGCACCUUGCACCUCUUCUUAUCAUUCUUCUUCCUCUUCUUUGAAUACUGUUUGAAAGCAAUCAAUUGGACUUGAAUUGCCUGCUUUACUGGUACCCUCUUUAUAUGCAUAUGUUAAUGCAUGUAUAUUUAGCUUGUCUUCUUUGAUCAAUUGAAAAACACGUGUUUGUAUAAAACAAAAAAUGAUAGUACUUAUAAUAAAAAUUAAAAAAAUUAAUAAUGAUAACAAU